CCAGAGUAGCAGUAGAAGGUUUUUAGCCUGAUAACCAGAACCCCAGUUAUCCCCCAGAAAGCACUUGAAUCCAGAAACUGUUGCAAAAAUGGACACCAAUCAACAAAAAGCUGCAAAACACAAUGAAUAAAUCACCCCCCGACCUUUACUUCCGAAGAAUAUUCAUCAUUCCAUUUAAGGAAAAAAGGAAAAUCAACCUAUAGCCUACUAUUAAGGGUUCCUAAAUAGUGGCUUAUGCUUUGAGCCGCCGUGAGAAGAAGAAGAAGAAGACCUCUAACUGGUGUCUUGGCUUUCUCUUGCAGAAGAUAACCUAUUUUCAAAAAUAUUGGGUCCGCACUGUUCGAUCCCCCUCAGUCAAACUGAAAUUGCUGAGGUGAACUGUUCCAAUCUUUUUCAGUUUGCGUCAUCGAUUUUAGCUCUAGUAUUCAUUCUUGUGCUUCCCUCUUUCAAGAUUGCUUGAAUUUCGCAUUAGAGCUUAGAGUUUGACCACUGGAGCUUGCCUAGUGAUGAUGGUAUUAUCUUUCUGUUAGAUGGGCGUUGAGAUUUUGAAGAAAGGUGUGAACUUUACGCAAAGAAUUUUUUCUUGGGCCGUUUGUCAUAAUUUUGAUGUUAUAUAAUUGUUUGGGUAUGAGCCGGAUUCUAUCGGAAAUGGCUUCUCUACCGUCUCAAAGUAGAGAUAAGGUAUGCGUACACUCUACCCCAGAUAUGUGAGGUUUGGUGUUGUUGUAUUAUUGUUUGGGUAGUCAAAAUUUUCUUCUAUGGGAUUAGGUUUGUUACCAAGAUACUCUUCCUUCAACCUGUUAUUCAACCAUUUACAUGAAUUGGGUUUAGAAAGAAGCCUUUGCAGAAAGUAUUGUGGUUCUUCUUCAGUACAGUUAGUGUAUGAUUCUGAUAAAGCUGUUAUUCCGAUAAGAAGAUCACAUAGCUGCAAAGGUCGCAAGCUUUAUUCAGUUGUAGUGAGAGUAUGCAAGUCUUUGAGUUGGGAAGUUGCAAAAGAAAUCCCUUUUAAAAAAGCUGUGAAAAAGUAUGGCUUGUCUCAUUCGAUAAACGCCUUUACCGCGAUGGUACAUAUUUUUGUGUUUGCAGGGAUGGAUAGGGAAGUGUAUGCUUUGCUCAAAGAUAUUGUUUUCAACUUUGAGAACACUGGUAUUGACUUGCGUAAUGUAAUCCACAUUGCUCUGCAUUCAUCACCUAAUAAUGCUACAAGUUCAACUGUUCUAGCUGAUGUACUCAUCAAGGUGUUUGCUGCAAAUAAUAUGCUUGAUCAUGUUAUUGACGUUGUUAAUCAGCUCAAGAAAAUUGGGCUUGAACCGAGUAUUUAUUCGUGUAAUUUCUUACUGAAAUGCUUGGCAGAAGCAAGCCAAAAGGAGAAUCUUGUAAAACUAUUUGAGGCAAUGAAGAAAUUUGGACCAUCACCUAAUGUGAGGACAUACACAAUCAUGAUGAACUUCUACUGCACAUAUUAUCCAGGGCAACAGACCGUCGUAGAUAUAAAAGAAGCCUACAAAAUUCUGAAAGAAAUGUGGGAAAAACAGAUCAAUCCUUCUGCUUCAACAUAUAGUGUAUGGGUCCAUGGACUUUGUAGAAUUGGAUGUCCUGAUGUUGCUUGGAAAUUCAUUCGGAAGCUGAGAUAUGAGAACCAACCUCUGAAUUCUUACUGCUACAAUGCUAUUAUUCACGGAUUCUUUGCUGAGGGUGAAGUAAGUAAAGCUAUAAGCGUUUUAGAAGAAAUGAGGAGUUUUGGAAUAUCACCAGAUGUCUGUAGCUAUAGCAUUCUAAUCGGUGGGUUCUGCAAAUUCUACAGUAUUGAUAGAGCAUUGUGUUUUAUUCAGGAUAUGCAAGAUAAUAACAUCAAGCCUAACCCAAUUAGCUAUAGCUCAAUUCUUAAGGGUUUGUGCAACAUUGGAGCAGCGAAAAUCGCCAAGGAUUUUCUUCAUGACCUUAAGAACUCUGGGUGCAAAGUUGAGCAACGUGCUUACAACAUCUUAAUUACCGGAUUUUGUGCUCAAGGAGAUCUGAGUUCAGCCCAUGAGCUACUGGAGGAGAUGAUCAGCAGUAGCUUUGCUCCAGAUGCUUCAAUUUAUAAGAGAUUAAUUCGUGCUUCCUGCCACAUUGGGUCUAUUGAUACAGCGUUGAAGUACCGAAAUAUGAUGGUACGAGAAGGUUUCCUGCCUGAUUCCAUUACCUGCCAUUUUAUUGUUAAGCAGUACUGUACUGAAGGGCGUGUGAUGGAAGCUUUGCACCUGAUUGAUGAAAUGAUGGAUCAAGGCAUCGUCCCCGACUUGUAUACCUAUAAUGUAGUCAUUAACCACUUGUGCAAAGAUGAAAACACAGAAGAGAAAGAAGGGCGUUUGCAGGAAGCUUUGCAUCUAAUUGAUGAAAUGGUGGACCAAGGGAUCGUCCCAGACUUGUAUACCUAUAAUGUAGUCAUUCACCAGUUGUGCAAAGAUAUAAACCCAAAGAAAGCAUUGGAGUUAAUCACAGUGAUGCUUCAGAGGGACAUGUUUCCCAAUGUUAUGAUUCUUAAUACUCUUAUCGAUGGAUUUGUUAAACAGUCCAAUUUUAAGAAGGCUGGUAUGUUUUACAGGGGAAUGCUAAAGCUUGAGAUUACUCCUGACAUCACCACAUAUACAAUUCUUAUUGACAUGUUAUGCAAGCGGGGAAAAGUGAGAAAGCACUACAGACGGAGAAAAGUGAAAAAAGCCUACAAAUUAUUUAGGAAAAUGAUCAGGGAGGGUUUGAAUCCCGAUAACAUCUGUUACACCUCCAUGAUCGCUGGCCUUUGUGAAAUUGAAGAUGUGAAAAAGGCUUGUGCUUUGUUCCGCGACAUGCAAAAAAGAGAACUCUUGCCUACUGUUGUUACCUAUACUUGCCUCAUUGAUGCAUUUUCCAAGGUAGAUCAGAUGGACGAGGCCAAGAAGUUGCUAAAAUUGAUGGUAAGACAGAAUAUCCCUCCUGAUGUCAAGACUUAUAGUUGCCUCAUUGAUAAAUUUUGCAAGUUACAUCGAAUGGAUGAGGCCGAGAGGUUGUUUGAUAGAAUGAGAAAAGAGAACAUCUCUCCUGAUGUCAUCACUUAUAAAAUAAUGAUUCUGGGAUAUGAAAUGGUUGGAAAUACUGAUCUAGCUUAUGAGAUGACUGAUGAGAUGCAGAGAUUAUUCAACAUUCCGGGCGAUAGUAAACAACCUCUCUAGCUUCAACACAGGGGAAAACUAGGAACAAAUUGGGACGGACCGUACAAAAUCACUGCCACAGCAAACAAAUGAGCAUUCCAGUUAGAAACAGUGGAAGGAAAACUACUCCAAAACAACUGGAAUGUCGCUCACCUCAAAUAUUUCCACUUCUAAAAGAAGGCGUCAUCUGAUUCGUACUGUUUUUCCCUCACCCGGGUUUUGUCCCAAUCGGGUUUUCCCGGGGAGGUUUUUAACGAGGCGACAAGGGAGGUGCCUCGAGGAUCGGUGUUCUGUUCAUUACCCCGACCCGUCGACAUGGUCUCCGGGGCGAAAUAAUGAAGGGACUGGAUAUAAAUAAUCGUCUCCAUUGUAUGCACUGAAUCAAAUCUCCAUUGUAUGUACAAAAUCAAAUCUCCAUUAUAUGUACGGAAUCAAAAUCUCCAUUGUAUGUACAGAAUCAAACCUCCAUUGUAUGUGCAAA